AUGGGAGGAAAUUAAUCAUACAUUUACUCAGUUCCUGUUACUGAAAAAAAGGAAGGAGAGACCGCUAUUUAUAGACACGUCAAUUACUAGCAGGAGAUAGUUAAAUAUCCUAAUGAGGAGAUAUAAAAUCUUUAAGAUCUCCUAAUAAACUCACAUUCUAAAUUCAAAGAUAGAGAGUUUAUCGGAAAGAGGGAUCCAGUGAUAAACAAAUUUACUUAUAAAACUUAUGGUGAAGAAUUUGAAGAUGCUAAAGCUAUAGGCUCAUCAAUUAAAAACUUAAACUUGUCAUAUUAAACAAAUGAAUAUAAAAAUUUGAAUCUAAGAUUAAUUGGUAUAAACUCAAGAAAUAGAAUAGAAUGGAGUACUGUUGAUUGGGCAUGCGCUCUUUAUAAUUUUACUUUAGUUCCUUUUUAUGAUACUCUGGAUCCUGAAACAACAUCAUAUGUAUUUGAAUAGACAUAAAUGACAACUUGUUUUUGCUCGCAACAAUCAAUUAAUUUAAUACUUCAAGUACCUAAAACUUACAAUUUGAGGAAUAUUGUAUCUUUUGAUGAUUUAGAGGAAAAUUUAAUAGAAUAAGUGAAGAAAGCAGGAUUAAAUUUAUUAAUGUUUAAAGAUUUAAUUUAGCAAGGAAAAUAAUAAAUGCAAGAAAUGCCUAAAGAUAUAAAACCUGAUUAAGUUUUUACAUUUAGCUACACUUCAGGGACAACUGGUUUACCCAAAGGUGUAAUGUUGACUCAUAGAAAUUUUGUUUCUAUUAUAGCAGCAUUAGAUGAAAAAGAUCCAAACGAAAAUGAUAGUAUGCUAUGCUUUUUGCCAUUGCCUCAUUCUAUGUAAAGAAUAUUUAAUGCUGUAUGUUGGUACACCGGAACUAAAAUUGCUUUUUUUGGAGGAGAUAUUUAGAAGUUGAAAGAUGACCUUCAAGAUUGCUAACCAACCUUGAUGAUUUUAGUACCUAGAUUAUUUAAUAGAUUUUAUGAAGCUAUUUAGAAUGAAAUUAACAAACUUAAGGGAUUUUAAGCUUUACUAGUCAAAUACGCAAUUUAAUCCAAGCUACACAAUCUUACGACUAAAAAUUAAUAUCAUCAUAUUUUAUAUGAUAAGUUGGUUUUCAAUAAGAUGAAGUAGGCUUUUGGUGGUAAAAUUAGAUUAGCACUUAGUGCGUCAGCUCCUAUUUCAACAGAAAUUUUGAAUUUCUUUAAAAUUGUUCUUGGUUGUCCUAUCUAUGAAGCAUAUGGCUAAACAGAAGGAAUGGGACUUGAAUUUUGCACAUCUAGAUAUGAUGUCAAAGCACCUAGAACAGUAGGAGGUAUUUGUGGAUAGUUAGAAAUGAAGUUGAUAGAUGUCCCUGAAAUGAAUUAUUUAUCUACAGACAAAAAUGAACUUGGUGAAAGUUACCCAAGAGGUGAAAUUUGUGUGAGAGGAUCAUCUGUGUUUGCUGGGUAUUACAAGGAUGAAGAAAAGACAAAAGAAGCUAUUGAUGGAGAAGGAUGGCUUCAUUCAGGAGAUAUUGGUUGUUUAUGGCCUAGUGGAUCGUUAUAGAUUAUAGAUAGAAAGAAAAAUAUAUUUAAGUUGAGCUAAGGCGAAUAUAUUGCUCCUGAAAAAGUAGAAAACAUAUAUUGCACAGCUAGAGGUGUUUAAGAAGUUUUCCUUUAUGGAGAUUCGUUACAAAAUUAUUGUGUAGGUAUAGUUGUUCCUAAUCCUAAAGAAAUUAAAGUAAUUGCUAAGGAACUAAAUAUUGAAACUGAAGAUCUUUAAGAGCUAUGCAAUAAUAAAGAUAUUAUUUAAUUCUACUAGAAAACAAUAGUUGAAAAGGGUAAAUCUUGCAAGCUGUUUGCAUUUGAGCAGGCCAUGAAAAUUUAUCUUGAGCCUAAAUCAUUUAUCUCUUUAGACAUUUGUUCUUCUUCCUUUAAAUUAAUACGCUUCUAAGCAAGAGAACACUACAAAGAGAUAAUAAAGCAACUAUAUGCAACAUAAUGA